AUCAUACUCAUUUUGCAUCGUCUGAAAGAAAAAACAAAAACAAAACAAAAAUGAGUCAUCUGCAGCAACCUAUCACUCUGAGUGAACAGAACGCAGCCAUCCACCAUGAUGAUGACCUCCACAGGGUGAAUGAGGACCUCCGUAAGAAACUUGAGGAGCUUAAUGAAAAGGUCAAGCGUUCGAGAAACCUGACAAAAAGAGCACUCCAAAUAGACAACGAGGUGUUUCAUGUCAAAAACGAGAAACUCCACUAUGACAAUAAAAUACUGCAAGAUGAAAAUGAGGACCUUCGAAAACAGAACAAAGACUUGGAAAUUGAAAAGAAGACCUUGAACCAAGCAAUAGCAGAGUUGAAGCUAAAAAACGAGACGGAGAAAGAAACCAUGGAACAGCAAUAUGAUACUUUGCAAAAAGACUUCGAGGAGAUAGGUAAAACUUUGCAAGACGUGAAAUCAUUUCAAUGCAACUAUAGUGUAUUGAAACAAGAAACCCAGUCUUUGGAAGAAAAAACAACCGCUUUGCAACAUCAGUUCAGAGUUAUGAAAAGUGAGAAAGACAUUAUGAAGCAACAAAACCAGGAUCUGCAAAGAGACUUUCAGGUUUUGAUGGACGAUUAUCAUAUAACAAAGCAGGAAAAUGAGGCACUGAAACAAAAACUUCAGGAGGCCAAAAGAAACGUGUAUGAUAAACAAGGGGCCAUGAGACAAAUGAAUGAGGGUCUUCAAGAAGAAGCUCAGGGGCUCCAAGAUAUUGAGGAGGACCUCAAAUGCUUUGCAUGCAACUGCAAUGUAACAAGAGAGGAAAAUAUUAUGAUGAAAGAAAAACAAAUAUCCCUAGAAGAAGAAGUCCAGGAGCUUAUCAGAAUGUUGUGUGAUGGAGAAGAGGCCAUGAGAAAAAAGGAUGAAGCUCUUCAAGAAGACGCUCUGAAGAUCAAAAAUGUUCUGCAAGAGCUAGAAGAAUUUGAACACAACAAUAAAACAAUUAAACAAGAACAUGUCUCUAUGAGACAACAAAACAAGGACUUGGAAAGAAAACUCCAGGACCUUACCAAAGAUUUGUGUGAUGGAGAAGAGGCCUUGAGACAAAAGGAUGACUUUCUUCAAGAUCAGGCUCUGGCCCUCAACAAUGUUAUAGAAGAGUUCAAAGCCUCUGAACACAAAAAUAAUGUGAUGAAGCAAGAAAACAUAUCUCUGACAGAGCAAAUCAAGGCCCUAGAAGAAGAACUCCAAGACCUUACACAAAAGUUCCAUGAAGGACAAGAGGCCAUGGGACAAAAUAGUGAAGCUUUUCAAGAAAAAGUCUUUGAACAGAACUAUAACAUCAUGAGCCAAGAACACACAUCCAUGAGACAAGAAAUCAAGGCACUGGAACAAGAACUUCAGAAGAGCAAGGACAUGCUUAGAAUAGAAAAAGGCUUGUUUGCUGGGGAGCAGCUCAAAGCAUGUCAGAGGGAGGACGCACUUUAUGAUAAGUUGCAAAUACUCCAUAUUCAGCUCAAGUUAAAGAUGAAGGAAUAA